GUGAAUAGGAUGCUGGCGUCGUUCGAAAGAAAUGCUGACGUGGCGUCGCUGACUCAGCAGCAGACGACAUGCUCGUGCUACCGCGUGCGCAAUGAUUACUGCUGCCACCAGUAUAUGUGCAAAUGCUCGCCCAUGUGCUGGAACGGCUACCAGCUCAUCUCUCUGGGACAACCAAAGUGCGCGCCAGCAACGGAGCACGUGCCGCCCCUCCCCGGCCAGCCGCCCACCCUCACCCCGGUGGACUGCUCGCAGCAACAGACGUUCAGGGACGCCCUUUACAGCUUCUUU